GCGCGCCGCCGCCCGCUGCCCCUCCCGGCCGGGGCCAUGAACGCCUCGCUGGGCAACCAGACCGAGGCGGCGGGGCUCUUCCUGGCCAACAGCAGCGUGUCCCUGGAGCGGGCGCUGCGCUCCUUCACGCCGCGCUCGGUGGUGAGCGACGACGGCUUCGUGGUGGCGGCCCCGGACGAGCGCAGCCUCUACAUCAUGCGGGUGGUGCAGAUCGCCGUCAUGUGCGUCCUCUCGCUCACCGUCGUCUUCGGCAUCUUCUUCCUGGGCUGCAACCUGCUCAUCAAGUCGGAGGGCAUGAUCAACUUCUUGGUGAAGGAGCGGCGGCCCUCCAAGGAGGUGGAGGCGGUGGUGGUGGGCCCCUACUGA